GUAGUUGCCUCGUGUUGUAUUGUGGGAAGUGUGCCCCUAACAAUCAUGGCAGACGCCUUCGGAGAUGGCUUGUUUAGCGUGUUUGACGAGGAGCAACAGACAACCUCGACCAAAAAGAUACCCGCGUCGUUGACCCCAGAUAUUGGGUAAAUAUGGAGGGUUUUUGUUUCAAGGUUUGGUGGAAAUGUGCAAAUAUUGUGCCGGUUAACGGGCAGUGAACGCAGCAUCAUGUGUGCUCGUGCCACUGAACGUUAACCUGCCGCGAGCCAACGUGUAUAAUAAACUAUAAACUCAUGAGCUGAAAUAUGCUUCCAUUACAGAAAGGUUGGUGGUAAAAACGGGUCUGAGAAAGAUGCUGGUCCAUCUGUCCGGGUCAAGAGGGAGGCAGACAGUGACGGAGGAGAGGAGGUGGUGUUUGGGAAGAAAGUUCGACUUGACACUGUCUCUGCAAAUGACCUCAAGUAAGAAGAGUUUCACCUGAAGACUGAGACUCUGCAGGGAGAUCAACUGUUUAAAUCCUGCUCUACAAUUCUUUAAACUUAAAGGGAUAUUCCGGCGUAAAGUUAAGUUAGGGUCAAACACACUGUAACACCGAGUUAAACACCCCCUCGAGAGAUGAAUGUUGCUGACCGCUUGCUUCUCCAGUUAUUACCAAUUUUAGUAACGACCGCAGGAUAGCAAUACACAGCCCUAAAUUAAUUUUACGCCAGAAUAUCCCUUUAAUCUCUAACUCGUAUUUACUGUUACAUACACUCUGGUAUUGUCACGUACAGCCAAAGCUCACAUCAUGAGUACACACCACCACCUCGUUUAGUACUGCACUUUCAUAUACUGCGAUGUUCCUGUUUUUAAUGAGGGUUCAGUUUUUCUCACACCUUUUGGAGAAUGGUGUUGAUUUAAAUGUGAAAUCAGAAACAUUGAAAGUGUCUCUACAGAAUACUAGUUGCUUAAAAAUUGCUUAAUAGGUAACAGAUGUUGUUAUUUUUUCCUCAGUCUUGCAGAAUUUAUGCCCCAAGUGAAAGUGGAGCAGGUUGACACUGUGGAAGGAUGCUCACAUGAGGUAAGGAAAGCACAAGUUAACAAGUAAACAUCCAGAUGGAAGGUAUUUCUUUCGAGAAGGCUCAGUUUAUACCUCUCUUAAGGAAUGAACCUUAUUCUUCUGAAGUCUUGUGAUGAAUCAGGUCUGCAAAGCAUUUUAUCUGCCAACUGCAAAGGCUGCAGGGCUAGAAACCUUCAGCUCAUACCUUAAUUUGUCACCUUUCUGAUCAUUUUUCUUUCUUAUAACAUCAAAAAAUUGAUUGCUGACACUCUGUUUCCUCCUCAAAGGUGGCUCUGCCUGCUGGUGAUGAUCAUAAACCACUGAAACCACGAGUAGGGAAGGCAGCUAAGGUAAACUAUGUAGUUCAAAGUUUCUUAUACUUGUUGAAUAAUAAAUUCUCUUCAAUCUCUAAUAUUAUUCAAAUGUAGUUUUAGUCACACGUUGUCUGUAUUUUCCUUGCCUUGCAGGAGUACCCUUUUGUUCUCGACCCCUUUCAGCGCGAGGCGAUCUUGUGUAUUGACAACAAUGAGUCCGUGCUUGUGUCUGCACACACCUCUGCUGGAAAGACUGUCUGUGCUGAGUGAGUACCUUCAGCAGACAUCAGUCAAUGGCUGUCUUUUCAUCAGAGACACUAGCAGCCCUGAGAUCAGAAAUUACUUGUUUUUGUCAGACUCACAUUCAGCUGCAUUUUGUAUCACAUUAUCGGAUUAAUAUUGGAAACUGGUUCAUCCUGUUUUUGUAGAUAUGCUAUAGCUCUAGCCCUCCGAGAGAAGCAGAGAGUGAUCUUCACCAGCCCCAUCAAAGCGCUCUCCAACCAGAAAUACAGAGAGAUGUACGAAGAGUUCCAGGAUGUGGGUCUGAUGACGGGUGAUGUCACUAUCAAUCCCACCGCCUCCUGCCUCGUCAUGACAACAGAGGUCAGACACAGGGAAAUCAGUAUUUAAAUUAUUAUCCCUUAUUUUAUCGGAAGACGGUCUUAGACAUCUUAAAUUACAACUUUUUUUCCCUCCACAGAUCUUGAGGAGUAUGCUGUACAGAGGCUCUGAGAUCAUGAGGGAGGUGGCGUGGGUUGUUUUUGAUGAGAUCCACUACAUGAGAGAUGCAGGUGUGUGCAGAAAUCAAACAGUACAUACGCUUUUGUUAAAUCUUCUUAAUGCAAGAACUUUAAAGACACGCACACAUCCUUCCCCAAACAAUCUUGAGGUUUUUGUAUUUUGUUGUAUUUUUAUAGCUGUAGUGCUCUGAGUUUUUAUGUUACUCAACACUUUGGGUAUUUUUGCCUUCAUAAGGUGGGAAUGCUGAAGAGAGACAGGGAAAGUGGGGUGUAGAGGGUUUGGGAAGACACGCAGCGACGGUGGUGACUGAUAUCGUUGCUUGAUGAGCUAGCUGUUCUUUAGCUUGAGUGACCUCAGCCUGAGCGAUAUUUACUUUUUGAAACUGAUGCUAAUUAUUGAGUCGUAUCCAUAUCAAUAUUCUUAUUUAAUGGGCAUUAUACUUGUAAUUACACAGAGAUUAAAUCUGUUCAAAGCCUAAAAAGUCUAUUUUAUAUCUUUUAGACAAGGACAUUUGUUAGUUUGUAAUGAUCAGUGGCUUACAAAACAGUCUCAAAGUAGAAAGUUUAAAAAAAAAACACAGUGGAAAAUUGUGACUGUAAAAAAAAUUAAUGUUGCCCAGCUCUAGGUUUUGUUUGCUUAAAUAUGCACUGGUAACAAACCUUUGUGUGUUUCAGAGCGUGGUGUGGUGUGGGAGGAGACCAUCAUUCUUCUGCCCGACAACGUGCAUUACGUCUUCCUGUCAGCCACCAUCCCCAACGCCAGACAGUUUGCUGAGUGGAUCUGUCACUUACACAAGCAGGUGGGACUUUGUCCUGGUGUCUUUCAUGAGGGUCAAGCUGCUCCUUCGUCUCUUCUUUGAAAUCUAAUGAAGAUUCUGUCUGAUCUCUCCUGCAGCCAUGCCAUGUCGUCUACACAGACUACCGUCCUACUCCACUGCAGCACUACAUCUUCCCAGCAGGGGGCGAUGGACUCCACCUGGUGGUUGAUGAGAAUGUAAGAGCGAACACACUGCCAUAUUUCAAGUUUAUUUGAAAGUUUUCACUGUCUCAUUGACUUCACAUAACUUAAAAAAACAUGCUUAAUUUGUGUCUCUGUUUUCAGGGUGACUUCAGAGAGGACAAUUUUAACACAGCCAUGCAGGUGCUGAGAGAUGCAGGCGAUUCUGGGGGCAGCAGUGGAGGAGGCAAGUGGGACCCAAGAGGCCGAAAAGGAGGCACUAAAGGUGUGUGUCAGUCUCCAAACAAAUGAAGUAAAAGUCAAAUAUGUCUUCAUGACAGUUUCUGAUGGUGUUUACUCAUUGAUCCCCGCAGGUCCGUCCAGUGUUUUCAAGAUCGUGAAGAUGAUCAUGGAGAGGAACUUCCAGCCGGUCAUCAUUUUCAGCUUCAGCAAGAAAGAGUGUGAGGCCUACGCUCUGCAGGUCGCCAAACUGGACUUCAACGGAGGUCGGUGUUGUGUUGUAUGACUGUCUUUGUGUGUACGUUUAUAAUUCACCUGCAUAUAGAUCACUGCCAUCAUUGAUACUGGCCCUCGUAUUAUUUGUUUCAUGAUCACAAUGAUCAUCUGCGGUUUUCUGGGAGUUUGCUCCUGAUAUUUGGAGCAUCAGAUAUCAAUCUUGAGGAGUCUGGAUGGUUCGUGCUGUGUGAGGGUAUCAUUUAUGUAACUGAGUAUUUACAGUUUUUAAGGGUCUCUAUGAAUAUGAUGGUUUCCCUCAAAAUAUGUUUAUGUUAGCAGACAUUGAAAGUUUCCCACUGGGGCUUUAAAAGCAUCAGCUUGGCCUGUAGAAAAACUAGCAUGUCAUUUUUGACCAUCCUCCUUUUGUAGGAAAAUUAUCUAAUUUAGUCAUAAAAUCUGGUUGAGCAGAUUGAUUUCAUGUCAAACCUCAAUAGUUCAGUUAUUUCUCAGACCUUUUCUCAACAUCUUUGACUUCUUUCUGGUGUACUCUGUGUUUUGACUGUAUCUGUCAGUUAUUUUUAUUUAUAUUCCAGUUAAGUCACUUUAUCAGCGCUCUGAAUUCUUUGUGGAGUUAGUGGGCUGCAUACUUAAAUACCAAACAAACAUGUUUCAGAGACAAAUUGCGGCGAGAGCGUCGGAGGGAGUUGAAAUUAGGCAAGCGAAACCGCUCACCAAAAUGUGAAACUGUUGGCAAGUGGAGCUGAAUAAAUCCUCCCCACAUAGUGAGGACCAUCAAUCUGGUUUAUUGUUGCUGCACAGCUGGUCCUGCUGUUUGGUUCAGCGGAUCAGCGAAGUUUCCUCACAAGGACAAAUCUCUGCAGGGCGGGAGAUAGUCCAGCAUUACAUUGAGGUUGGCCGGCGUCCACCUGCUUCAGGCUUCGUCAGCGAAGUCAAACAUGAAGUCUUAACUCGAGAAACAUUUCCCUCCCUCGUCUGGGUUUGUUUUUCCUGCAUUGUGACAUUCUCAUAAAUGAAGAGGUUUGUUUUAAUGCCGCGCUCUUCCAACACUCAGGGCCUUUCCAAUUCCUUCAUUAAUGUAGAAAAACUCAAACAAACGGAGCAUCUCUUCCAAAACUAAUCUCUCUUUUUCUCACAGUUUGAUGAGAAUUUUCUGAUGUCGACGUUCUUCGAAAACAAAGCAGAUGUUGUCCGAUGAUUCCAGUCGAGAUGAUUUGCACUUGACUGUGAGCAAAAAUGUUUAAAUGAAAUAAUCAGAUUGCCAGAUGAGUCGAAUUAUUCCAUCAGCAUGUUGACGUCGUUGAAAGACUUGAAAGCCUUUUUUUUACAACAUGCACUGUAAUUGAUGUGUUUAUGUGCCUGCAGAAAAAAAUGGUGUCAUUAUUUAGCUGAAAUCAUCUCUUGGCCCGUUCAGACCUCUGGAAGGGGUUUUUUAUUAGAAGAGCUGGUUUUUUAACCUCGCGGGGGUCCGUCCUCUCCAGCAAACUCUAAUGAGUCAGUGUGUUCGGGGGCAGGUUGUUGGUGUUGUGGAGUUUCUUCUGGGUUAAAUUGAGGAGAAGGAACCACGUAGUCCUGGUUUCUGUCAGUUUUUUCUUUUCUUUCUUAAAUCCAUAUCUUUCUUUUUACAGUGUUUUAUGACAAAGUCCCCCCCCCUUUCUCUCUGUUAUGUGCUGUGACACAUACUUUCUAGGCAGCGUGUGUUAAAUGGCAGCGCAGCGUUGGAGUCAGGGGACCAGCUGGUGCCGAAACAUAAACCAACUGACCGCUUGAAAAACUGCAGCUUUAAAAAAAAAAAAAGUGAAACAGACGCCAUAGAUCCAGUUUCUGUUGAUGUGAAGCAGCAGAGUUUGUUGCUUUUUCUGAUUUUGCUGCAGUGAAGCUGUUUUUUACUUGUACUGGCAAAGCUUAAGGCUGAUGAAGUCAGUUGUGUGGUGAAUUUUUUUAAUGAUCUGUUGAUUCAAGUUUCGUGCUUUCUUGAGGAAUUAAAUUAGAAAGAAUAACACCGAAAACUGAGCCGACAAAGAGAGGACCUGAAUAUUAGCUGGUCUGUAAAAUAACAUUUCCAUUACAGAGAUGAAAACAGAUACGAGGGGCUUAUUCUAAGAGCGAUGUGGUGAGUUUAUAGCUGUGAUGAAAAAAAGACAAUUUCCACAUGCUCUUAGCUCAGAUAUGACUUUGCAAAGUUACCAAGAGUAACUGAAACGCUCAAAAUUACUUCAAGUUGUUACCUGGCUAUGCAAUAUUCACUUAAUUCUGAUUGGCGGAUGAUACCCCGUAGUAGUGAAACAACAGUGUGCACCAGAGACAAACUCAUCCCACACAUCAAACCAGAUGCUCACUCAUGUGGCAGAAGUGUAGACUGGCUAAAGAAGUGGACAAGCCAAUGAUACUUAAACCCUAACUCUGGCAUCACAGAGUAUUUGUCCGUUUUUGUGAGCUGGAAACUGAAACCUCCUUCAGGAGUGUUGCUGGGGUCCUGCUCACUCUGUCCAGGUUUUAGUCUGCUUUUAUUGCGGAUCUGUGACCCGUUCUUGUCAACCAGAUCUCACACAGGCAACUGUCCUCUCUCUGACUGUGCUGCUUGGCUGCUGUCUUUGCACACAUUGCUCACAAACUUUGGAUGAAACUCCAUCAAAAUAAACCCAAACCAUGUCAAAAUCUUUCCACGGUCUUUUGGCGUGCAUUUGGUUUUUUUUAAAUAAGAUUUGUCAGACUUUUUAAAUGAGUUAUACCUGAUUUCAGCCCAUAUCGGUCAUGGCUGAACACACAGUAAAUUUGUUCAGGUUCUCUCUGUCUGUGUUUGAGAUGAUAUACACAUUCAUCAUACCCACAUUUACAGGCUAAGUUCUCCUCUUGAAGUCAUUUCUGACAGGAUCAGGAUGAAAACUGCUGAGUAGAUUUCCAGAGCCUCACUUUCCCAGAAUCCUCGUAAUUCUGGUGACCUUUCUUUGUCCUCAUGUGACAGUUUUCCACUUUCAGCUCAUCAGAAGUUUAAAAGGCUGAUUGCAGUGACAUUAAGAGCACGCGCAUUUCCAAGUAGGAUCCUCUCUGAGCUCCGUCUGAUCCCACUCUCAGAAAUCAUCCAAAGACGUCUGGCCCACUGUUGGUCUCUCUCUCUCUGUCUUUAGUUUGUGUUUACACAGUGGUAAGUGGUCGACUUCAUAGCCUCCAGGAUUCAUAUCGACCUAAUGUAGGUUUGUCUGCGGUUUGGCUUUGUUGUUCGAGUGUUAGAAAAGCUUAAAUUGACACUGAAAUCAUGUGACAUUAAAAAUAAAUUCUGGAGAAGUUUUGGAAAUUCAGGAAUAUACAAAAGCUUUCCCAGAAUUGUGACUAAGUUUCCACAUGGACUCAGAACGCCAGCCACAGCAAACAAUGUAAUGCGAUCAGCAUAAUAAGAAGACACUGGUGGUGCCGCCAGUGUAAUAAAAUAUCGACCAAUACGACAAUAAAACGUGGGCUCAAAUGUGGCGGAUUUGUGUUUGUACUGAAACCUCAGCUUCCAUUGGUGGCCUUGGAAACCUGUCAUCGUCUUAGCUAGGGGGGUGUUUGUAAAUGUUGUGAAAACCUGAAUAGAAAAUCCCACAAAAUCAUCCAAAUUAGAGAAACUAUGUUGCUGAGUAUGUGGAGGAGAAAUCAAAUUAAGUUCAACGCAGGCUUGUUGCAUUCCUGGUUGGUUUUUCAUGCACACUCGCGACCACACAGACUGUCAGGAAUCAUGUUUCUAAGAGAUUAAAGCAGGAUUUUAUGUGUAAUAACUGUCUGCGCUAAUAUUUUGAAUGAUCUUUGGAGCGUUUUUAAGACCAGGUUGAAUAAUACAUUUGAUUGUUUUCCUUCCAGAUGAUGAGAAACGUCUGGUGGAGGAGGUCUUCAACAAUGCCGUGGACUGUCUCUCAGAUGAAGACAAGAAGCUUCCUCAGGUGAGGAGUGCGGCUCGUUCUUGUUCUGUUUCCUCUCAGUUUCUCAGAUUCUUUUAUUUCCAUCUCCAUUUUCGCUUCUACCGUGUAAAAGCACUGGGGAACAUUCUCAGUAUUUCCUCCAGGGUCCUUCUCUGCUCAGAAAAGACAGUUAACGUACUUUCAUGCAAAUAGCUGCUCACAUACUGUCAACACGGGCUCUGACACAGAGCUCCUGUUAUUCUACCCCACUGUGUGAAGCCACUUUAUGAAAACCAGCCGUGCUGAGGUCAUAGUUGUUAGUGGGUCGACCACGACGGCACGAGCAGCUACAGGGCCAAUCAUGCACCACACUUUUCCACUACGAGGAUUCGGGUGGAUUCGCUUCAUCGAUCCAUCAUUAAUCCCAACCGACACUUUAUCUGCUUAUUGAUGCUCUUCUUCGUGCGUUUCAGGUGGAGCAUGUGCUGCCCCUGCUGAAGAGGGGGAUAGGAAUCCAUCAUGGAGGCCUGCUGCCCAUCCUGAAAGAGACCAUCGAGAUUCUUUUCUCAGAGGGCCUGAUCAAAGUAAGACUGACGCUGCGUUUAACAGAGUAAAACAAAUCAAAGUCAGUUAUUAACCCGGGUUUGAUACGCUUCAAUCUCUGCAUUCACCAGAUUGGUAUGCAUUGUCAUUUCCUUACGGGAACCUUCCAAAAAGGAUAAAUAGAGUUGUAUCCAACAUAAUCUAAAUGGAUUUUUGUCCAUAUCUAAUAUGCCAAUAUUUUCAAACUUAUUGGAAAGAUAUAACUAACAUUUAUACACACGUUUUUUCUACUUUAGGAAACACCAGGUUCCACUCUACUGUAGAGUUUACCCUUGACUCUUAUUGGGACAAAGUAUUUGUUUUGGAAAUGGACAAAAACAUAUAGUUGUACUGUAACGAUAAAUGUGUUUUGAGAAAAAAAAACUUUGUCACGGAUGGGAUGUUGAAGUUUGUGCAGGACGCUUUAUAUCUGCUGCUUGUGAUAACUAACCUUCUCAGUAGGGCUGGGUGAUAAACCAAAAAUUUACUGAUACCGAAAUUCACGACAAUAACCAAUGUCAUUUUGCCCAUGUCAAUAUAUUCGGUGUCCAAAAAUAAAUAAAACUUCUCACGUCCUUUUAAGACGCUGUCCUACGUCAGAGACGUGACUCCACCCCAUCCAGUCCAUAACAAAGAUGGAAAAGACAGACUAGGAGAUGGAGGUUCAAAAGUUGUAGCAGCUGAAGUAGACGAAGUUAAUGUGGGAGGGGAUGAGCAGCUUGUGGAGUAGUUAUCGUCCAUUUAUGGUAAUCGAGGUGAACUGUUCAAUAUAUUGUGAUAUUGAUUUGAGGCCAUAUCACCCAGCCCUACUUUAAAGCUGUAACUUAAAUGUUGCAGCCACGAUAUUGUGCAUCCCUAUGUAAACUUGAAUCUAAUACAAAAAUGUGCGGCUAGGAUUCACUUUAAUUCCCUGCAUGAUCCUGUAUAUCACUGUGAACAAUAUACCAGUAUAAAAUGCAGAGAGAUUUGUCAUUAUAUGCAAAUAUUAGAAAGUUUAGCAAGCAGUAACCUUGACGAUUAAUAUAAAAAAGUUCUAAAUACUACCCCGUGUAUCUUUCUGAUGACUUCUAGCUCUGUAGAGUUGAACUGAGCGCAUCCUGAGUUUGUUUCCCUCACGCACACACAGGACGAUGAACGUGUCACAGAGACGUUUACACUCUCUGCUGCUUGUUUCAGGACGUUCCACGAUAAACAGUCACUGCUUUUGAUAUUGCCAGAAAUGUUGUCUCAUGCUAACAAAAUGGCAGUGAAUGUGAUUUCUGGGAAGCCAAUAUAGAUGCAAACAGUGAGAGAUCAAAGGAGCAUUAUUGUCUCCAAAUCUCCUCCAGCUACAUGUUCGGCAUGAUUAAAGAUUUACUGACUGAGUACCCCACUUUUGCUCUGUUUCUGCACCUAGAAAUGAGUUUGUUCAAGUUUUAUGUGAAUUUCAAACUUAUCAAACUUGCUUUAUUUAUUUUUUUAAUCAAAAACAGACAAAUUCAGGGUAGAAAGACUAAACCCAAACAUUAAAUUAAACAGUACUCGACAAGAUUGUUCUCGUAAGCUGCUCAAGAAAUGGAGUUGUCAGGGCCUGUGCGCCCUGAAAAAAAGGAAAUAAAGUGGUUAAAAAAUUGGAUAAUUUCACCCUGAUGUCACCUCUUCAUUCACAUUUCAGGCCCUCUUUGCCACAGAGACGUUCGCCAUGGGCAUCAACAUGCCGGCUCGCACCGUGCUCUUCACCAGCGCACGCAAGUUCGACGGCAAGAACCACCGCUUUGUAAGAGCGAACACGCACUCUCACACUCACACGGCAAAUUAACAGAGAUAUUUUGUCAAGAGGAAAUUUAGUGUUUUCACUCACUCAACUUUGCAUGCAAAAUCCUAACUAGAACAUGUGUUGUGAGUUUUCUUUGGAAAGCAGGAAGAUGAGCCCCAAAAAGAAAAGGCGUGACCAUAUUUGGAAAAGCUGAUCAAAGAAUUAGAGGACUAAACAAGUUAAACCACCACCAGAGAGUAGAGUAGUCAAUGAAAUAGUUAAACUCCUUGUAAACUUAGCUGUCUCUUAGUGGGGUUGUCACACAGUGUUGUUACUCUGGGGCCUUUAUAAGGUCUUCAAGCCCUGCAGCUCACAUUGCCACAUAAACAGCCACGUAUUGUUUAGAGGAGGAGGUAGGGGGGGCUGUGUUUGUGUGUGUGUGUGUGUGUGUGUGUGUGGAGCUGCUGUCACUUAGAAGCACCCUUCAAAUUCACCUCAUUCACACACACACACAAACUUACUGACGGAGUUAGAGAGAGAGAGAGAGGGAAACUGCCCUCCAAGAGGCUCAUGAAGAACAUCUGGUGCCGGCGAUGAUGCCAAAGCUCCACGCAGGCACUCACACUUCUGAACACACGCGACUCUCAUUCCUGAACUGCGCUGUGUUUCCAAUCGAGAGCUGAUCCCGUUGCAUGCCUCAAAUUAAGUUCUGAUCGUUUCAACACAAGGAUGAUCUUAUCUGCCCCCCUUCUUUUUUUUUUUUUUCCUGCAAGUGUUUUUAUUGCACAAAGACCAGUAGAUGUAUGCAGUUUAAUCAGAGCCAUGUGCAGUUUGAAGAAAAGCCCUCUGAGAUUGGAGGAAAACUAGCGAAAUCUUGUUUUCAUGAGGCAGACUCAUCAUGUAGAUCUCUUUGUUACUUACUCAUACAGCUGGCAAAGCAUCAACUGUAAAAAAAAAACAAAAAAAAAACAGCAUCUGUCUUACAGUAUUUGGGUUUUUUAGAGAAACACAAACUCUCCUCCUUUUGUAUCAAUGUCUCUGCCUCGUAUUUUAACACUUGUAUUUAACGCAUCUUUCAUGUGAUCCAGAUCACAUCAGGUGAGUACAUCCAGAUGUCCGGUCGAGCUGGAAGGAGAGGUAUGGAUGACAGGGGCAUCGUUAUCUUCAUGGUGGACGAGAAGAUGAGUCCAGCUGUGGGCAAACAGCUGCUGAAGGUACUUCGAACACAGCUGCGAGGUUACUGUUUCAAGUCAUGAAGUGCUGCUUUUCCAUCACACCCUUGCAGACCACUUCAGUUCUGUCGACACACACUCCUACGAAAAAGGAUCGUCCCACUUUCUCAUCAAUGAAACUCAUCUCCUGCUGUCUUUCUGAGAAUUUAUUGGAAAGGCUGAAUGGAAAUCGUCAGAUGUGACUCUGAAGUUUUUCCUCAAAGGAUCGUCGGGCCGCUUGUCGCUCAAUUAAACGCUCGAUAACACAGAGUCACAGAGUCUCGUGCUCCUUUAUCAUCCAUUCGACAGAUUGAUGUCUGCCAUAAAUAUGUAGCUGCGGAGCUUUCCAACAAGGUUGUUUUAAUGUAAAACUGUUUGUUGGCGCUGUCAUGGUGCUUAACUCUCAGGGAGGUUUGGAAAGCUUCCUGACAUUUCUGUGGUUUUGGAGAUGUGAUUGCAAAACUCUCCAGUGUUUAUUUUGGGAGAAGUGACUUAAGGCAGCGUUAAUUUAAACCUCACAGCUUCCUCGGAGCUCAUUGUAUAACGCUAACAAACCUACCAAAGCACACCAUUAACCACUAUUGUAAACCAAAAUUAAAGCAUUAAAUCCUUAUUGUAUCUCUGCAGGGCUCAGCUGACCCUCUGAACAGCGCCUUCCACCUGACUUACAACAUGGUGCUCAACCUGCUGCGUGUGGAGGAGAUCAACCCGGAGUACAUGCUGGAGAAAUCUUUCUACCAGUUCCAACACUACAGAGCUCUGCCUGGAGUGGUGGAGAGUAAGCACUCCUUUUAAACUCUGACAGUAGAGCAGGAUGAGCUGAGGGUGUGCAAGAAAGUGAAGAAUAAAGCAGGAACCUUUUCUUUUGCUUGGAUUGUGAACCAAAUUUAAGUAUAAAACCGACUCAAAACAUUGAAACCUGAUAUCUUCAAAAAUCUGUUGUUCUCAUGAAAUUGAAAUCUGGUCCGGUUUGUUUCUCCUUUUUGAACAUUUUUCGGAUGCUUCAGACUGUUGGACCAAUCACAGGAAGUUCUGGAAGGCAGUCGUCUGGAUCAGAAAAAGGAAAAAACAGCUGUUGCAAAUCGAUAUCUUAAGAUUUUUCAAUCACAGUCUUCAGAAAAUUGUCCAACCAAAUGCCAAACAAAAACCGAUACAUUCAGGAAAGGAUGAAAACAUUGUGCUCCCAAAUAUAUCCAAAAGGCAUCAAGUUAUCUGUCUUUAUCUGUCUGGUUUGAACUGUUUCAAGCAGAUUGGAUGCUGCAAUGAUUCAUUCUGACAUUGUGGUGCAUUAUAGCCUGAGCUUUAACCCCGUUGCCUAUUCUUGGUGCAGAAAUAAAGAAGUAUGAGGAGCAGUACACCUCCAUCGAGAUUCCCAACGAAGAGGGCGUAAUAUCUUACUUCAAAAUCCGACAGCAGCUGGCCAAACUGGGUAAAGAGAUACAAGAGUUCAUCCACAAACCGAAAUACUGCUUACCCUUCCUGCAGCCUGGACGUCUUGUAAAGGUAGGUUCACUCAUUUUUAUACCAGUAACUAAAACUCAAACUCCAGAGAACCUGGGGGUGCUGGGUAAAAACUUUGAUAGAGAACAGAGUUUGAUGGUUUCCAGUCGUUAGUUGAAAAUGGUAGCAGAUAGUUACACAGGUAUGUUCUCUAAAUAGGUGGCCUGUUUUAGAGGAUUUACGGUAAUGUGAUUUUUGUUGUUGUUGUUCCUGCAGGUGAAAGACGAAGACGCUGACUUCGGCUGGGGAGUCGUCGUGAACUUCUGCAAAAAGUCCAACACUAAAGUAAGCCAGCGCCGCUCUGUCACAUGUUCUGUAUGUGACUCCUUUCACACACACACACACCGCUGUGACUCAUGUGAAUUUCCCCUACGCAGGCGAGCACCGACUCAGAGCCGCUGUAUGUGGUGGAGGUCCUGGUCCACUGUAGUAAGGAGAGCGUGAAAGAUGCUGCGACCGAGGCUGCGAAACCUGCCGCUCCAGGAGAGACCGGAGAGAUGCAGGUCAGCGCUGCAAACACACAAUCCUCACUAAAGCACACACACACGUAUGAUAAUGAUAACUCUUUUUUUUUUGUGCAGGUGGUUCCAGUGAUGCUCCAUCUCCUCACCUCCAUCAGCUCAGUUCGCCUUUACAUCCCCAAAGACUUGAGGCCCUUUGACAACAGGCAGCUCAUGCUCAAGUCUAUACUGGUGAGGCCUUCUUGUAAAUUCAUACUGGAGCUCGAGGGACUCCUCAGAAGCUACGAUCUAAACUGCUGUUUAUUUGUCCUCCCCUGCAAAGGAGGUGCAGAGACGUUUCCCAGAUGGCGUUCCUCUGCUCGACCCCGUAGACGACAUGGGCAUCAAAGACCCGGCACUCAAGAAAGUUAUUCAGAAAGUGGAGGCCUUCGAGCACCGCAUGUACUCGCACCCCCUGCACAGCGACCCCAACCUGGAAUCCGUCUACUCCCUCUGUGAGAAGAAAGCUGUGGUGAGAAACGAUACAUGUUUGCCAUCAGUGAAAAGUCUGCUAUAGAAAACAGUACACCGCUAAAUGUCAGAGUUCCUACUUAACAGUAGAUCUGGGGUCUGUUUUUCUUAACUUUGAAUGAAUAAUUACCUUAUCAACCCUUCUUAUUUACUCUGGCUCCUGUUUUAUAAGGUCACAAAUCCUGUCCUUUCACUCUUUUCCUGUCAGCUACGUUGGUUUUGAUCUUUUAUUCCACUCAUGACAAUCACAGGAAGAGAGCAGGGACAUUACUCCUGAAGGGCCCCACCCUCAGCUGUAGGUCACACAACAUCUUUGUUUAGUACAGCAGACGAGGAGCUCACUUCCUGUCUUUUAGUGCUUUCUCACUAAGGCAGCAACACAACUCCUCUACAAUAAAGAGGAAUAAAAGCACAUGUGCCUAAACAAAAGAGCCCAGAAAAUUUGUAAGAGGAGUUUUAAAAGUAUCAACCAUGGCAAAACCCAUCAAAAAAAACUACGAUCCUUCAAUAACAAACUGUUUUUGUUUUGCUUUUUGCUGCCAGAAAAAAAAGUCAAAUAUUAUCUAUAAUAUGAUAAAUUUGUGAUAAUAUCAAGCAGUUCACUCAAACUUAUUUAUAGUCAUUUAAAGUUAAAAGUAGCAUUUUCAGUCUGACUUAUUUCUUUCAGUUGACCCACACAGUCAAUGUUUGAAUUUAUUUUGUGGACUUUUUUAUUCGCCUUGUUUUAACCUUCUCUUGAUAGGUGCCGUUAAAUAAAAUGCUUUAUUAUUAUCAUUAUUAUUAUUAGUAGUAGUAGUAGUAUUAGUAGUUUGGGUGGCAGUAGCUCAGGAGGUAGAGCAGUCGUCCAAUAACUGGAAGGUUGGCGGUUCGAUUCCCCCCUAUCCCAAGUCUGUCCGUUGUGUCCUUGGGCAAGACACUUAACCCACCUUGCUCCCAGUGUGUGUCCUCCACUGGUGUAUGAUUGUAAGUGUUGUGUGGAGGUGGUCGGAGAGGCCGUAGGCGCAAAAUGGCAGCCACGUUUCCGUCAGUCUGCCCCAGGGCAGCUGUAACUACUAAGGUAGUUUAUCAGCACCAAAGUGUGACUGUGUGAGCGAAUGAAUGAUGUAUCCAAUGUAAAGCGCUUUGAGGGUCUCUGAUAAAGCGCUAUAUGAAAUCUGAUGCAUUAUUAUUACUAUUAGUAGUAGUAGUAGUAGUAGCAGUAGUAUUAGUAGUAUUUUUAUUAAAUACACCCAUCCUAUUAGCUUUAAAAGUGCACUAACAGCUUUAAGGUACAUGCAUAAUCUCAGGGACAUCAUGCAUCCGUUUCUGAAGAUGUGAUGUGAAAGUCAUCACAUUGUCUCCAGCUGAUAUCUGUCUAAUCCAGAAACCUUCAAAGAGACGGAUUUGAGUCCGUCACCACGAGGUUUAGCAAACACCCAAAAUGUGCCCCACCUGUCAAAUGAGCCACGCCCACAAGUACUCCCAAUAAAGCAUAACUCUUAGUGUGAUCAAAACAGAUGAGAGUCUGAAAAACUGAAACAGAUUAACGCUUUUCUCACUGUUUUUUUUAAUCUACCAGAAGUAGCGUGCACUUCAAAAUAAAAGCAUGAUUUUUUUUUAAUAUAAAAAAGGUGAACCAUUUAAGCAUUACAAUCCUUUUAUUAGUAAAGUUUAUAAGGUAUUGCUUAAAUCCACCUUUUUCUGUCCUUUCUUUGAUUAUUUUGGUCCUUUUUUCCAAGUUUUCCAUAAAUAUUACCACAAUGUCUUUAUUGUGAUAUUUUAUGGCGAAGAUUUGCUAUUGUCAACAUCAACACUGGUGCCUAUAUUUCUGCGUGGCUCAGUAUCCAUCAAAGUCCUGGGAUGUGGUUAGUUUGAGGAAGAUUGCAGAGAAUUUAGCAGGACAAAAACAAGCCGAUGAUGACAUUAUUAGAUAACGAGGAAAAACUCAUCCUGGAGUGAAACUGAAUUUUUCAAUGUUAGCUCGACCAGUGAGGGGGUAAAUGUAAUCCAGACCAUAUUUGACAAUUUGCAUAAACAUUUGCAUGCCCCUGUGGUUUUGUGAGUCUGUGUGUGUUUGAAAUGACAGGGUUACUUUAGGAUUACUUCAUGUUUGAUAAGCAGAAGAGGAGAUUAACCAUCUUUUAAUCUAAUCCCUGGAUAACCCUCUGCAGCUUAUCCUCAGCCUCAGUCUUACAUCUAACCUUCACGUUGACCCUUUGCUGAACUGAUACCUCACCAAAUCUUACACAUAUGUAAUCAUGGCUGCUCCAGUGAGACUCCUUUGUUUUUCACUGCUGCCAUAUACUUUUGAGAAAUAUGAGGAAGAAUCAGAAUAACUAACCUUGCAGUGAUUUCUUUCCUCCCCCAAGUCAAGUUUUAUCAAAGUGGGCACCCAGUCAAAGAAAAACUUGUGUAAUCCUUCGGUGUGUUUGCUCUGAGAUGUGUUGCAAUGAUGAGGGGUAAAGGUUAAAGCAGAGGACCGAUUAACAGGCUGAAGAUCAUCUCUGAGUAGAUUACUCAGCGAUAAAUCACUUACACAAAUAAUGAAGUGUUUGAAAUGACGCCAUGCCUGAAAACAGCUGGUGUUUAAUGCUGCGCACAUACUGACUUGAACAGCGUUUUCUAGAAGCUAGUACAUCAUAACAGUAGAUUUGUGUAUUUGCAUUUUCAGAUCGCAGCAGACGUUCGAACAGCCAAGCGGGAGCUGAAGAAAGCUCGCACCGUCCUGCAGAUGGACAAGCUGAAGUGCAGGAAGAGAGUCCUGCGGCGCCUCGGCUUCGCCAGCCCCUCCGAUGUCAUCGAGAUGAAAGGACGGGUCGCCUGUGAGAUAAGCAGGUAACAAAGUGCUGCAGACAAAUAGAGGUGUCAGGAAAACCUUUGACCUCAUUAUCUCCUGAUAAGUCCUGAUUCAAAAGUGAUGAGCACACCUGUUUACUCUGAGAAUGUAGUCUAUAAAUACUCAGUAAGUUUCUAAGACAACGUUUGGGCAAAAAUACCAUCAAACAGAGACCAAGGUUUGUCUUAGCAGUUAAAGGGAUAUUCCGGCGUAAAAUUAAUUUGGGGUCAAACGCACCGUAACACCGAGCUAGACACCCCCUCAAGAGAUGAAUGUUGCUGACCGCUUGCUUCUCUAGUUAUACCAACUUUAGUAACGACCGCACGAUAGCAAUACACAACAGUCUGAGUAGCAUGUGAAGUCCGCCAAUCUGUGUUGAGUGAGAUGUGCUCCACAUGCUUGAGCCUGUGUGUAACUUAAGUCUUUGUCUCUUUGUAGCGAGCCUCUGAUAGUGUACAGCCUCUCACAUGCUGCAGUUUCGCAACAGUGCUGGGAGGACGUUCCGCCAUCAUUACGCCUUUGUACUUGCAACCCAUAAAAGUGUAAUACUGGUGUCCUAGUGUGUCAUCAUUACCCGUGGCAUUAUGUCACUGUUGGAUCACGAGAUGCACAGUCUGUAAACACACAGCAGGAGCUUCAUCCUGUCGCUGCUGCUGCACAUUAUAGAUGAAUUCUAAGAGAGGAGAAGUACCCAGCUUCUAGAUGGCAGUAUGAAAGCGCCUUUUCGACCAAGAUGUUUUUGCAAUCCACCUGAAUCCCUUCAUAUGUCUUUGGUUUUAUAUUCAGUGAUUCAUCUUGUGAUCUCAUGAGGUUUCAAACACUCACAAGUAAAGUUGUCAGCUCUUCUUUUUGGAUUUUUUUUCUUCCGUCUUCUCGACACGUCGACCACCAUUAUCAGUGUUUGUCUGUGUUUUGUUUUUGAUUUGACCGUCACCUUUUCCCUGUGUCAUUUCUUGAUACACAGAUUGUGAAAUGCUUCCAGAAAUGAGAUUUAAAACCCGCUGGAGCAUCUUCAACUUCAAAACCACCUCUCUGGUUUUCUUGAAGACUCCAAAAUCAGGCAACUGGACUGUGUAGAGUUGAGAAGACGUUUCACCUCCUAUCCAAGAAGCUUCUUCAGUUCUAAAUAUUGCCAGUGUGAGGAGCAGAUAUUUAUCUUACUGGAGAAAGGGACAGACAACGACUGGGACGACUUUCUUUCCAACUCCUCCCAGUCAUUGUCUGCCCCCUUCUCCAGUAAGAUAAAUAUCUGCUCCUCACUCUAGCAAUAUUUAGAACUGAAGAAGCUUCUUGGAUAAGAGGCGAAACGUCUUCUCAACUCUACACAGUCCAGUUGCCUGAUUUUGGAGUCUUCAAGAAAACCAUGACCUGGAUGAAUGAGAAUCUACAUGGACACCUCUCUGGUGCACGUUAUUGUCUGUUGUUGUAGAUCUGUUGGGCAUGCAUGGGAACAUUGUCUCUGUAGUUCUCAUUCCCCUCUGCUCUGCUUCACUUUAAAACAAAGAAUACCUGUCAUUACAUACAAUUACUUCUCUAUGAGUGUAUUGCCAAAGGGGAUGUAAUUUGCAUGCUAAGUAUGCAAGUUUAGAGGCGAGGAACCACCACAGUAUUGACAGAUGUGUUCAUUACCGGUGAAUUGGACAGGGUCUUGAAUUCCUGGUGAUUAUAGUCCUGUAUGUAUUUUGGCUGAGGGAGAUAUGAAUCUGAAAAUAGGUGGAAAUCAGCUCUCAUUUAAAGUGUUUGGACUAAAUCAGAUUCGUCUUGAUAAGAUUAAAAUAAUUUCUUCUGUUUUCUGUGAAUUCUCUCAGCGGUGACGAGCUCCUCCUGACCGAGAUGAUCUUCAACGGCCUCUUCAACGACCUGACGGUGGAACAAGCCACCGCCCUGCUGUCCUGCUUCGUCUUCCAGGAGAACGUACGAGCGAUCGAACGCACACAAACACUCCUAACUCCUCUGAUUCCGCACACAAACAGAUAUUUAAGCCGUUCCCCUGCCUAAACUCUGAGACAAACAGCUGAGUGCCAUUCCCACACAUCCCAGCUCCGAUCUCAGUCUUCACCUUUCCCCCCUUGCACCGCAACCAAAACAGAAACCUGAGGGUGGUGUGUGUUUGUUCUUCACUAAUGAAGCCUGUUCUCUCAUUGAGCUUUUCUUUGGCUCAGCGUCAGAGGAGUCCUCCACUAGUGCUGCUGUCUGUCAGUCUUUAGUGUCUUAUUCAAAAGCUCAGUCUGGGAGCAGCUGUUAGCAUAUGUUGAGCUCCAGUACGGGACCUCUGUGUGCGCAGCUGUCGUCUGUCAUUUAAGAACACCUGCUGCUGCUCCGGCUUGGGAUGACGGCAAACCCUUCAGCCUGGGUGUGUUGCUGUACCACUGACGUGAAAGUGCUCCAAUCAGGGAUAAAAAUAACCAGAUUUGAAAUAUAAACCUGAUAAAUGAACCCUCAUUUUUCUCCUCCUUGAGUUAAAAUAUCUUAAAAGGGAAGCCAGAGGAUUUCUUUGAGCAGUUUGGUCCACAAAUAAAGCGUCUGAAGUUUUCCAUCCUUCUUUAAAAAUGUUCCCCUGCAGGCCAGCGAGAUGCCAAAACUGACAGAACAACUUGCAGCUCCUCUGAGACAAAUGCAGGUGAGACAAUCGAAAUAAUCUCAAACUUGGACCUGAACCCUUCCAAGUGAAGACUCUGCAGCUGAACUGCCGUUGCUCUUGUGUGCAGGAGUGUGCAAAGAGGAUAGCCAAAGUUUCUGCAGACGCCAAGGUGGAGGUGGACGAGGAGACGUACCUGAAUCAGUUCAAGCCUCACCUGAUGGACGUGGUGUACGCCUGGGCUAACGGAGCCACGUUUGCUCAGAUCUGCAGGAUGACGGAUGUUUUCGAAGGUAAAAACUCUGAUUCAUUUUCUAAAGAUUAAUAUUCUAUCUGGUUGAAAAUACUUUGCAGAGUUUUUCCAUCUUUAUGCUCCACUACCAGAUUUAUCUGACUCUUAAUUCUUCAUAGGCAGCUCCAUCACAACCAUGUGCAACUACAACUUUCUGUACAUGCGUGAACUGUUCAAGUAUGAUAUCAGUCACAGCAGGGGGGAUUUUCUCCGCAGAACAGGACAUUUUAUACAUUCAGAACAUUUGCUCAUGUGUUUACUCAAAGUUUCUGAAUUGAAUAAAACCAUUGCUGUUAAUUCGAGGCUCACUAAUCGAUUAAUUGUGUUAUCUGAGUUGAUCUCGGUCCAUCAGCUCUCCUCCUAGUUUUAUCUCUGACUCUCGGCGCUGACCUCAGCUCUGAGAUAUUAGCGAUCAUCGUAAUCAGGGAGAAAUGCAAAGUUGGGAAACUUUAAAGAAUUUCUCUUGUUUUAUGUUUUAGAUAUGCUUGUGUGAAGAAAGAAACUUCAGCGAUGAGAGCUUUAUUUAUAGCUGUGUUAUCUCCAGAUUUUCAUACUUCUCUGUAAUACAUUUUUUGAUGGACCCUUGAGGACUGAGAGUCGACAAACCUCCUCUUUAGAUGCUGACUUUGUGCUGGUGCCAAAAUUACAAGGCAUUCCUUCUCGAUGAUUUUACUCUAUCCUAAAAUGUUCUGAAUAAACCGAUGCUGGCUUCUCACAGACUCUAUGCUGUCUGUGUUUGUGUGUCGUGAACAGGGAGCAUCAUCCGCUGCAUGCGUCGUCUGGAGGAGGUCCUGCGGCAGAUGUGCUCGGCAGCCAAAGCCAUCGGGAACACUGAGCUGGAGAACAAGUUUGCUGAAGGUGAGGAGUGGCGUGUUUUUAGAGUCAAAUAUAACUAAAAAAUCAAAUCAAUGAGCCAUUGUUACUUUUUUAACUUCUUCCAUCUCUCACAUGAAAAUAAUUGGACUUGUUUUUUUAACAUUUUAUGACCUUUAGUUGCUCAAACAAACACUUAAAAAUAGUUUAUUAAUACCGAUAAAAUAACUUUUUAUGUAAUCGUCCCUGUAGCUUUAAAAAUGUCUCUUUUUACACCAGCUCAAAUAAUGAGCACUUAUUAGCAGGGAUGUCCUGAUACAGCUUUUUUUACUUCCAAUACGAUACCGAUAUUGCAGCCUCCAGUAUAGGCCGAUACCGAUAUUUAUCUGAUAUUGGCACAAACUUGUGCAUGAUAAGUUCUGCACGCAGCUGCAAUGUCUUUUUCUGACUUGAAUAAAAAAUACUGUCACAUAGCCGACAUCACUCCUACUCCUUGCUACUACCUUGUUGUUGUGAUCAUGGAUCUGGGCGCUGCUAGAUAGAGGUGCUGGAGCGGAGUCUGGAAUAGACUGCUUGUAUCUGAGUGCUGAUAUCGGCCGAUAUAAUCAGAUAUUCUUUUUUCUUUUUUGCUGAUAUCAAUAUCGGAUCAGGACAUUCCCACUUAUUAGAUUGAAAAAAUGAAAUCAUGUGUUUAACAGUGACUCAUAUUUUUGUGUUUCUUCAGGAAUAACGAAGAUCAAGAGAGACAUCGUAUUCGCUGCGAGUCUCUACCUGUAGAGAGCUCAGCUGCUGGUGGAUUCAUAUUUUAUUUUGACCUUUUUAGUUAAGAUUAUUCACACGCGACCCCUCAAUCUUGGUUCAGUUCAGUUCCCUCCAGGUAACGCAUAAUUCCUCCAUUUUUCUGACCACUUCUUCUGGAGCCACGUGAAGUCCUGUUAUGGAUGUCGUAAGGUGCAUCGCAGAAAUGACUGCGCUACUCAGAGUGUGGGAGAAUUCAUCCUCACGGCCAGCACACACUGAAAAGUCAUGCUUUUAUUGUUUCUGUUUACAUCAGGACAGUAGUGCAUAAUAUGACAUUAUUUUUAAAACAUCAGACUAAAAGUAAACAAAACAGGUCAGGCUUUAAUUUAAUUUGAAGGCUCUUGACAAAAUACAUCAGACAGGUAUGUUUCAUUGGAGUUUAUGUUAGUAUGUGAAAUGGCUUUACUUUUCCUUUACCUCUUCUACACAUUUGUACAUAUUUGUAACGUUUUUUUUUUUUUUUUCAAUAAAAGUCUGUAUGGUGAUUUGUUCUGACAUACAGAUGAUACAAAAGCACAUAGUCGUGUGUUCACUGGAUGUUUAUACUGGUUCUUACAGACACAGAGAGCUGAUAGCAGCAUAGCAGUCCAGCAAAGGCAACAUGGGACUUAAA